GACAGGGUGUCUAGACGCACACGUGACCGGAGACUGGAGACGGAGCAAGGGCACCCAAACCAUCCGCCUCAUUUACAGACACAGAGCCUUUUAGCUCCUCUCCGGAUCACUCGUCGGCUCGCGUUUUGCUUCCACUCCCAGAAACUUCGUGCGAGAUACGAGGCUGGAUUAUUUUAUCUGAAGGGAUUCGCCUUUACUAAAAUAGGCUACGAGGCUCGGCUGCGCGGACGCAAACCGAGGGUCUCUCUCGCUCUUUUUUCCCCCCUCCUCCUUCUCCACCGCCGCCGCCGCCUCCUCCUCCUCCUCCUCCUCUCUCGGCUUUUACUAACUCAACUCGGGUUGGCGAUCCAGUCUCGGAUUUGCUCUCUGUCUCUCUGGACGUGGCUCCCUCCAGCCAGCAGACCACAUCCUCAGCAGACGCCUGGCAUAUUUAGACGAUAACGGAUAAAAAAAAGAAAGAAAAAAAGAAAAAGGAAAAGCCACCGCAAGCCUGGUGGAGAGCCCUACUCUGUGCAGCCGGAUCAAGGAUUUUGUGGAUUAAUGCUCUUGAAGACACAACGGCGAGCCUCGGUUUUCAUGGGAUAAUUUCGUUUAGGCUUAAUUAGGCCCCGGUUUCUUUCAUUUCCAGCACAGCCAGCGCGCACAGACAGAAGGAUUCUUUUUAACAGUGUUUUGUUUGCUGAGAAUCGGCACAGUGUUACGCUUUAAAGGGGUCAGCUCCCAGCGUUAGGUUGCACAUCACCAAGUGAAGAUUGUAACACAUUUCAGGCUACAUGCAGCCUGGCGGCAGUAGGUUGCCCGUUUGCCGUGUAAGCUGCUAGAUUCUUUAUUUCAGCUCAGUCUUAAAUGCCCGAAGGUGAUGGUAGUUUAUCCCAAGAGGGAGAGCUAACUGUCCCGUGAAAACUGGCUGCUUUUAAUUCAUCUAGUCUGCAGGAGAAGGCAACAGAGACUGGCGUAUGCUACAGAUUUCCUCUGCUUAUCCGGCUCCCAGUUUUUCCACCGUAUUUUCUCAGGCUGCUUGUCAUUGCCUGGACUCGGAUCCCGGAAUCUUCAUGAUUUGCGGACACCAUGCUCGUUUUUUAGCCGGGAAAUCAUCUUUUCGUCCCGCAUGUUUAGGACCAAACGAUCGGGGCUCGUCCGGCGACUCUGGAGGAGCCGUGCGCCCGUGGAGGGCGACGGGGAGGCGGAUAGAGGGACGCAUGGCUCCGGGGGCUGCUGCAUGGGCAAAACGACAAAGGUGGCCAAGUCCAACGCAGGGUCGGAGGCUGAAUUGAAGGCGUUGACCCACUCGAUACUGAAAAAGAUCAAAGAGAAACAAUUAGAGGUGCUUUUGCAGGCGGUGGAGUCCAAGGGGGGUGCCCGAAGCCCUUGCUUGCUCCUGCCCAGCAAAGUGGACGCCAAAGUGGGUCAACAGUCUUACUCUCUCCCCAUGCUGCUCUACAAAGUGUUCAGGUGGCCGGACCUCAGGCAUUCCUCGGAGCUGAAGAGGCUGUCUUGCUGUGAAUCCUACGGGAAAAUCAACCCAGAGCUCAUUUGCUGCAACCCGCACCACAUGAGCAGGCUGUGUGAACUCGAGUCUCCUCCUCCUCCAUAUUCGCGCUAUCCCAUGGACUAUCUUAAACCACCAGAUUCUCCAGACUCUGGACCUUCAUCCAGUGAUACUGGGGGAACGACUUACUCGGCCCCUGUGGGGCUUUCAGAUUCCCUGGCUUUGCAGGAGUCUGGUGAACGGGCCCAUUGGUGCGUGGUGGCAUACUGGGAGGAGAAGACACGCGUGGGGCGCCUCUACUCAGUCCAGGAGCCCUCUCUGGACAUCUUCUACGAUCUACCUCAGGGGAACGGCUUCUGCCUGGGCCAGCUCUGCUCCGACAACAAGUCCCAACUGGUGCAGAUGGUGCGGGCCAAGAUCGGCUACGGCAUCCAGCUGACGCGCGAGCCGGACGGGGUGUGGGUCUACAACCGCAGCUGCUAUCCCAUCUUCAUUAAGUCGGCCACACUGGACAACCCGGACUCGCGCACGCUGCUGGUGCACAAGGUGUUCCCCGGAUUCUCCAUCAAAGCUUUUGACUAUGACAAGGCCGGCAGCCUGCAGAGGCCCAACGACCACGAGUUCACGCAACAGCCUCGCACGGGCUUCACAGUGCAGAUAAGCUUUGUGAAAGGCUGGGGACAGUGCUACACCAGACAGUUCAUCAGUAGCUGCCCGUGCUGGUUGGAGGUCAUCUUCAACACCCGAUAGCAGCAGCCUUCCUCCUCUUCUUCAAACCCUCACCCCUCCUGCCCCUCCUCACAAAACAGACUUAAACCCUCUGCUCCUUUUUUUUUUCUUUGUUCCAGAGGUUCAAACAGGAAAAAAAAGAAGGAUUUAAAAGAAGAAGAAAGUAUAAAAUUCUCGGACUUUGUUUAAUAAAUGACUAAGAUUUAAUUAAGAAGCGAAAAAAAUGUAUUUUAUGUUAUAUAUAAAUAUAUUAUUAAUUGUAAAUAUGAAGACGUUUUAUAUGCAUCAUUAUUUAUGUAUUGUGCAAUGUGUUGACGAGAAAAAGAAAAUAAGAUGCACUUUGCUUAAUAUAAAUGCAAAACAAAGAAAUGCCAAAAUAAAAAAAAAAAAUUCAAAUAACA